AACCCUUUUUCUAUCCUCUUGGAUCCUCUUCGUCUCUUCUUCAUCAUCAUCAUCAUCAAGUCCCUUCUAAUUCUUCAUCUUCUUCUUCUUCCAUUUCGUCUCUCUCCUCUUACCUCCCUUUCUUGAUCAACGCUCAAGAAGAUCAACAUGUUGCCUACAACAACACUUAUCAUGCUGAUCAUCUCCAUCUUUCUCAACCCCUCAAGGCUAAGAUGUUUCUGGCUAAUGGUGGAUCAUCAUCAUCAUACGAUCACAUGGUGCCAAAGAAGGAGACAAGACUGAAACUAACGAUAAGGAAAAAAGAUCACGAAGACCAAACCCAUCCUCUUCAUCAAAACCCGACAAAACCCGAUUCAGACUCCGACAAGUGGUUGAUGUCCCCAAAGAUGCGGUUGAUCAAGAAAACAAUCACAAACAAUAAACAGCUCACUGAUCAGAGUAAUAAUAAUAAUCAUAAAGAAAGUGAUCACUACCCUUUGAAUCAUAAGACUAAUUUUGACGAAGAUCACGAUGACGAUCUUAAUUUCAAGAAAGUCUUGACCAGGACGACCACUGCGGCGACCACCGAAAACCGCUACAAUACAAUCAACGAGAAUGGUUAUGGUAAUAACAAUGGCGUGAUUAGGGUUUGCUCGGACUGUAACACCACCAAGACUCCUCUUUGGCGAAGUGGACCUCGAGGUCCCAAGUCACUUUGUAACGCAUGUGGCAUAAGGCAAAGAAAGGCGAGGCGAGCCGCUAUGGCCGCGGCCGCGGCUGCCGGGGACCAAGAGGUGGCGGUAGAGUCCCGAAUGCAACAAUUACCGCUGAAAAAGAAGUUGCAAAACAAGAAAAAGAGAUCAAACGGAGGGGAAAAGUACAAUCUCUCUCCUCCGGUGGUGGCCAAGGCAAAAAAGUGCAAGAUCAAAGAGGAAGAUGAGGUGGACAUGGAGGCGGAAACGAUGAUUGCCAGAGAUUCAGAGAUCAGCAAAUCAACAACCUCUUCCAAUUCUUCGAUUUCGUCGAACAAACUUUGCUUCGAUGAUUUGACAAUAAUGUUGAGCAAAAGCUCAGCUUAUCAACAAGUGUUCCCACAAGAUGAGAAGGAGGCUGCUGUUUUGCUCAUGGCUCUGUCGUAUGGAAUGGUUCACGGUUGAUCAGAUAAUCACAUUAUCCUGAUUACAAAAAAAGGUUUCUUUUUAUAGUUAUAUAUAGAUUAUAGUAAUCAUAAUAAUGAUUGAUUGUUAAA